CCAGAGACGUCCGAAGACCGGGAAGGAUGGUGAAACAGAGGGACGAGGCAUCUGGGUCCCCACCAGAUGAACUACAGAGAUCCAAGAAGCGGAAAAAAAGGAAGCGGAAGCGCGGAAGCCGAGGACGCAGACGGCCGAGAGCGGAGAGGAAGCAGACUGCCGAGAGCAGACCGGAAACGGGGGCGCGCAGGCCGCGUGUUCCUCACCCUCCUGCUGAUGAGCGCUGACCUGGGCCUCCUUCCCCCCGCGGGUGGGGGCUCCGGGGAUGCGUGCAUUUAUCAGUACUUGGAUAACUGUGGUAAUUCUAGACUGGCAGCCUUAGAACAGACUAUGCUAUGGCUAGGUGAUGAACUGCAGCUCACCCAACUCUAUCUGCAACUCCAAUGUCAUUACAAGUAUGCGCCUCUCUGUGUUACCUCGCUUCAGGUUAACGCUACUAAUGACACCCGCUUUGCCGGCGAUUGGCCGAAGGUGAGGGCAGCCCUCCAAGGGGUGCUUCUUGCCAAAAACGCCUCCAGCGACGUACAGCAGCUCUCCAUGUUCCUGAAAGAAAUGCACAACAUCUCUGCACACUUUGAGGAGGAAUGUGCCAAGGAGGCCUUGGACUUGACCAGGUGGCUUGAGAGUCUCGUCAGCUUCCAAUGGUUCACUGCGCUCCUGGGGCCCGUAGCUUUCCUCAUCCUCCUCUGCCUUUUCCUGCCCUGCCUAUUGCGCUGCAUUUGCUCUAUGCUGCGUCGCGCUAUCCUUGACGCCAAGGCCGAUCUCCAUGCCCUUAUCCAGACCCCAAGAGACCACCCUGCCAUAGAGACCUCCCCUCUGUAAACAAAAAGGGGGAGUUGUUAGGGCCCAGCUCUGGACCGUGGCCUCCUGUGGGGUA